UCGUGACGUGAGAUCAGCUGACUUAGAGGAGGGCGGCAGGAAGAUGGUGGGCGGGGUGACGGCGGGAGGGGUGUGGGGAUGGAGGAGGUGAGAAGCCCGGGGCAGACGACCAUGGAACACAUCUCCACCCCAAAGGUGGAGAAUGUUAAGUUAUUAGACAGAUACACAAACAAGAGGCCUGCCAACGGCACCUUAUACCUCACUGCCACCCACCUCAUCUACGUUGAUGCUGCUGCCGGUGUACGCAAGGAAACCUGGAUUGCUCACCACCACAUUUCCUCUGUUGAGAAGCAGCCUCUUGGCACGACCGGAUGUCCACUGAUCAUUCACUGCAAAAAUUUUCGAGUGGUUCAUUUUGUCAUCCUGCGGGAGCGAGACUGUCACGAGGUGUACACUUCACUGCUCAAACUUUCACAACCAGUAAAAUAUGAAGACUUGUAUGCCUUCUCCUACAAUCCCAAGUCUGAUCAAGAUGAGCGCCUUAUGGAAUGGAAGUUAAUUGACCUGAAAAUGGAAUACAUGCGUAUGGGAAUCCCUAACAACUAUUGGGUGCUUAGUGACAUCAACAAAGAUUUUAAGGUGUGCAGUACCUACCCGACUUGCCUGGUUGUACCUAAAGAAGCCUCUGAAUCUACGAUUAUUGGAAGCUCAAAGUUCAGGAGCAGGGAGCGGUUUCCAGUGCUAUCGUACUAUUACAGAGACAACAAUGCCGUGAUUUGCAGAUGUAGUCAGCCACUAUCAGGAUUUAGUACUCGUUGUGAGGAGGAUGAGAAGAUGCUAGAGAUAAUCAGCAAAGCCAAUCCAGGAAGCCCCUUCAUGUAUGUUGUAGACACGAGGCCCAAGUUGAAUGCCAUGGCAAACAGAGCUGCAGGAAAGGGCUAUGAAAAUGAGGACAACUAUCCUAACAUCCGCUUCCAGUUUAUUGGAAUUGAGAACAUACAUGUGAUGCGAGGAAGUCUACAAAAGCUAUUAGAAGCUUGUGAACUUAAGAAUCCCUCCGUGAGUAACUUCCUUACAGUCUUGGAAAACUCCGGCUGGCUGCGGCACAUAAAAGCAAUAAUGGAUGCUUCAGUUUUUCUAGCAAAGGCAGUAAGAGAUGAUAAUACCAGUGUCCUGGUUCACUGUUCAGAUGGUUGGGACCGCACCGCACAAGUUUGUUCGCUGGCUAGUAUUCUUCUAGAUCCAUUUUACAGGACUAUCAAAGGAUUCAUGGUACUUAUUGAAAAAGAAUGGAUUUCCCUUGGACACAAGUUUUCUCAAAGAUGUCAUCAUUUAGAGUUUGAUCCAAAAGAAGUGUCUCCCGUGUUUACCCAGUUUUUAGAAUGUGUGUGGCAUCUUCUAGAACAGUUCCCUUGUGCCUUUGAGUUCAGUGAAAAAUAUCUGCUGGAAAUUCAUGAUCAUGUCUUUUCCUGUCAAUUUGGAAACUUCAUUGGGAACUCCCAAAAAGAGCGUCAGGAACUUCAAAUUUUUGAAAAUACUCAUUCAUUGUGGCCAUUUCUUCUACAAAGAAAGCAGGAGUUUGUGAACCCCUUGUAUAUAUCAAAUGCAUAUAAAACACUCCAGCCAAAUACUUUCCCUUUUUGCUUUAAGUUUUGGUGUGGGAUGUACAAUCGAUUUGACAAGGGAAUGCACCCAAGACAAUCUGUCCUGGACUACCUGCUUGAAUGUAUGAACAGGAAGGCAACUUUAAAAACCAACGAAACCGACAUAGAGGAUAAACUUCUUAAACAAAACACCUCCCUUAAAGAUGCAUGCAGCUUGACAAAACACUUAGAAGACAACCCACCAGUAGAAGAACUUUUCGAUGAGCUGAUUCCAGGAGAUGUGAAAGAAGUAUUUCCUGCUCAUGUUUCCAAUGGUUCUGUGGCAAACAGUGAUGUCUGUUUAAAAAGUGAAUUGAAAGAGGAACAUGAUGAGACCAGUAUCAAUAACCAACCUCACAAGGACCUGUCGGCACUACCUUCCGCUGACAUAAGUAGAAAUAGCAGUAUCAUUGUGCCGCAACAACUACCAUAACCGAUGAGUAGAACAAAAUGUCAAUUUUUUUUGAUGAUAAAUAAGGGAAAGCUAUAUUGACUAAAGCUCAGACACAAAUAGCCUUCAUGAUCAUUCAUGUACAAUGUAUGCCAUAUACCAGAAUCCUGGACAGGCUGGUGGUCAAUGAAGAUUCAGUGGAUUUGCCCAUUACUGAAUCUUUAUUUCCCCACAAUUGUCUACAAGCAGCUAAAUCUUCGGAAUCGCAGGUAAGCCAAUGGGCAGGAUAUAUGGAGCAGUGGAGAUGAGCAUCAUAUUCUUCAAUGGAUUCCUUAUAAAUCACCUGAAUGUUCUGCUCAGCCUUGAUCUUCAUAUUAACUGCCAGAUUCCAGCCAGUAAUGCUGAUUAAAUUCUAGAUCUUUGGUAUAAGUGUCAAUACCUAUAUACCAUGAUAUACUUGGAUUUUGACCCCAUAUUGAAAUUGUUACAUUUGCGGUGUUUAUCCAGGAGUCAGAUCGGAAUAGAUGCAUUAAACUGAAAGGACACAGAAGACUUUUUCCUUUUCUAUAAAGUAUGAUUAAAUACCUCUGCACCCCUCCCUUGUUCCUUGUAAUACUCCAAUAACUUGUGAUUGCACUUUUUACCUGUCACCAGUGAAACCUCCUGUUUUUAAUCCAAGAGCACUUCUUAUGUAAAUGUAAAGGUCAAAGUGUUGCGAUUCGUUGUUUGUAAUAUGUAAUGUGCAGUAAUACAUACAAGAAUAAGAUAUUUCCUUGGGCAAUAAAGUACAAAAGCUGUUAUUCUGAAUAUGCAAAACGCUAAAUCUUAUUGCCAUGGAUCCCACCGAAAUAUUCUUACAUCCACAUUUCCUUUUUUUGUGAUUUAAUGUUUACACACCAUUUUGCAUAUAGUAGGGAAUAUAUAAAGGAAAAGACAAACUGUACAUUAUUUUUUCUUUUUUUUUCUAUUCUAAAUUAUGAUGUAAUUUAGUUUUAUAGAAAUGUUUUAUGGAAAAUGUAUGAUGCUCCUCACAGAGACAUGUAUUAGAUUGUAUGUAUACAUUGUAGAAGUAUGUUCUGUAUAGAACAUUGCUGUAUAAUGUGAAUUCUCAUGGAUUCCUCUAACAAUACCCAAAGCUGCAUGAAAGUGUGGAUUUGUACAGGCGGGAGGUGUCAUGGAUAGAAAUGCCAUCAGUUCUGAUAAUAGAAGCCAAGCUCCAUCUUACUGUGCGUAUGAAUGUUGGGAGAUGAUGGUAGCCAAACCAUUAGUUUGUCUGUAUACUAGUUUGCUUGCAUGAUCCCUCCAUCUAGAAAUAUUGGAAUGUUUUAAUGGUAACUCAAGGGAACUUGAGUUGUUAAUUUACAAAUGGUCAGAAUUGUCAGACAAAAUACAGUUGAACUCUAUAGUUUUUUUUUAUUUAGCAUCUAGGUUGUUAUAUAUUGUUUAAUAGAAAAUUUUCUUACACAUAUGUUCAAUAUAUUGAGCUAGACCAUUAAGACCAUGUUGUCUGUUUUGUUUUAUAUAAAACAAGGGAGUGUGUAUAAGGUUUUAGAUUAACUAAGACCAUACAUGUUAAACUGGGGUUUCUAAAUGUCUUUAAGUUAUUGUCACUAAUGUCCAUAAGCCGAAAAGCUGUUAAAAGGGAAGUGGGUAAAGUUCAGUCACUGCCUUUGUAUUUUCGUAUGUUAAAGGGGUAUUCCGGCCAAAAACAUUUUAUCCCCUAUACAAAGGAUGGGGGAUAAGAUGUCUGAUCCCGGGGGGGCGCUGCUGUGACCCCCCGCGAUCUCCCUG